AUGUCGAAGAAGGGAGAAUUAGUGUGCGUUACCGGAGGAAGCGGAUGCAUUGGCUCAUGUCUCGUCCGUCUACUUCUCGAUCGUGGCUACACUGUUCAUGCCACCGUAAAAUAUCUCAUGGAUGAUAAGGAAACGAAGCAUCUGGAAUCAUUAGAAGGAGCAGACACGCGUCUAGGCCUUUACCAAAUCGACCUCCUCGAUUAUGACUCCAUUGUCGCCGCAAUCAAUGGCUGUGCUGGCGUCUUUCACUUGGCCUCUCCCUGUAUCGUCGAUCAAGUCCAUGAUCCUCAGAAGAACGAGCUGUUAGAUCCGGCAAUUAAAGGAACGAUAAAUGUGUUAACCGCGGCAAAAGAAAGUGGCGUUAGGCGCGUGGUGAUUACGUCAUCGGUCGCCGCUAUAACCCGCGUGCCUACGUGGCCUGAUGACGUCAUCAAUGCUGAGGAUUGCUGGACAGACGUUGAGUACUGCAAGCAAAAUGGAUUCUGGUAUCAGCUUUCGAAAACACUAGCUGAGAAUGCUGCCUGGGAGUUUUCAAAGGAGAAGGGAUUGGAUGUAGUGGUGGUAAAUCCUGGUUUUGCUAUUGGUCCAGUUAUCCCACCAACGCUGAAUGCCAGCAUGUUGAUGCUUGUUCGUCUUCUUCAAGGUGAUCUAAGGUGCACUGAGACAUACCCAAAAUUCUUUAUGGGACUUGUCCAUUUUAAAGAUGUAGCCUUGGCGCAUAUCAUAGUGUAUGAGAACACAUCAGCAUCCGGUAGACACUUGUGUGUUGGAGCUAUAUGUCAUUAUGGUGACUUUGUGGAAAAGGUCGCCGAGUUAUACCCUGAAUAUAAUGUUCACAGGUUGGCGAAGGAUUCGCAACCUGGGUUUUUGAGGGCAAAAAAUGGAGCUAAAAAGUUGAUGGACUUGGGCUUACAAUUUACUCCGUUGGAUCAAAUCAUCAAGGAUGCAGUUGACAAUUUAAAGAGCAAGGGAUUCCUUUCUGAUAACGAGCUUAUAAGGAUUUAG